AUGGGAGAUUGGAAUUUGUUGGGGAGCAUUUUGGAAGAGGUUCACAUUCACUCAACCAUCGUGGGGAAGAUCUGGUUAACCAUCCUGUUCAUAUUCCGCAUGCUGGUUCUUGGAGUGGCUGCUGAAGAUGUCUGGGACGAUGAACAAGCUGAGUUUAUCUGCAAUACAGAUCAACCAGGCUGCAGGAACGUCUGUUACGAUAAGGCUUUUCCCAUCUCUCUCAUCAGGUUCUGGGUCUUACAGGUCAUCUUUGUGUCCUCGCCAUCCUUGGUGUACAUGGGCCAUGCGCUCUACAGGCUAAGAGCACUGGAGAAAGAAAGGCAGCGGAAGAAAGCCCACCUCCGAGCUGAACUGGAAGACAUUGAACCCAUGUUGGAGGAGCACAGAAGGCUAGAAAAGGAACUGAGAAAGUUGGAAGAACAGAGGAAAGUAAACAAGGCACCGCUCCGUGGUUCACUUUUACGCACCUAUGUCCUCCACAUCCUGACUAGAUCAGCGAUGGAAGUUGGUUUCAUGGUGGGUCAAUAUCUCCUCUAUGGAUUUCAUCUGGAUCCUCUUUACAAAUGUAUACGGUUGCCCUGCCCCAACACAGUAGAUUGUUUUGUUUCCAGACCCACAGAAAAGACUAUUUUCAUUGUCUUUAUGCUCAGUAUUGCUGCCUUCUCCUUGUUUUUGAAUAUACUUGAAAUCAUUCAUUUAGGAAUCAGAAAAAUCAAACAAGGGCUUUACCUGGAUAUCCUCGCAGAGGAGGAGUUAAGCAUCUGCAAGUCCAAGAAGAACUCUGUUGUACAGCAGGUUGGCAUGGUGACUAAUUCCUCACCUCAUAACCUGGUCCCCAUGGCCACCAGCGGUUACAAGCCUCUGCCAGAAGAACAAGUAUAUCCUGGGAAUCUUCCCAUCUUGAUGGCUCCGACUGGCUUCAGAGUGGUUAAAGAACCAAAUGACCUAAGUGACAAAGACAGGCCUUUGGAUCAGGCUCGAAAACAAUCCGGCCAGCAUGGGGGUCAGCAGCAUGUUCAGCAUGUCAGUCAAAUGAGCCGUGCCUGCAGUAUUUUGGAAAGCCAAGAUCAAUCAUCAAGCAGCGACGAUUCCCACAAAAAGCCCCAUGAGAAUGGCAUAAUCUCAAAAAGCUGCCAUAAGUCUGAAAGCGUAUUGGAACAAGUCAAACCAACUGUACACCCUUCAACGAAAUUCAUGCACUCCAGCCAAAUGGAAAUCCCAUCCGCCGUCCGCAAUGCUCUCCGUAAACAGAGCCGGGUUAGUGGCUAUAAAGACUAUCCAGAAGAUCGUGCUGAGUCUCCGGACAGUGGUCAACUUUCCAACGCCAGGAAGGCCAGUUACAUUGGCAUUAAAUCAAAGGUGGUGUCUGAGAGCAGGCUGGCUAGUCGAUCUGCAAGCCCCGAUUCCGCAAACAUUUCCAGCUCUGAACGAAAAGGAGAGAGUCCACCGAUCACCCCUCCUCCAUCAGGGCGCAGGCUGUCAAUGAGCAUGCUCCUGGAACUUUCUUCCAUCAUGAAAAAGUGA